GAUGCAAGGCACUGGGCGGCUGGAGUGACAGAGAUGCUGUGUGAUGGGGGCUGAGGGCUCUCACCCCUCCUCACCCUACUGUUCCACAUUUCUUCAGCAACCUCCUUCAUUCCUUAGGAAAAUUUUCCUUUUUCUUUCUUAUUCCUGUUUCCCCACAUCCCACUCUCGCAGGAAAGAGCUACCCUUCAUUGAAAUCUUACUUUUUUCUGGCAACGCGCUCUAAAAAGGUAGGCCAGGAAUGAUUCCCCCCACCCCCAGACAAAAAUGAAAGCAACACUUCCUUUUAGGAAUAUAGUACUUUAUGUUUUUAAUUUUAAAGCUAGUCAAGUGACACAGUGCGAGUGAAGAAGAAACAAACCUCUGGCUGUGAUCAAUUAGUUGCAAACACCACCGCACCCGGACCAGCCUAGUGAUUUAUUUAAACAAACGACAUUAAGUAGUUAAAGCAAACCCCUUCUCCCUCAAAGAAAAGAAGGCUAAGUGCCUCUGCCUUAGCUCUGGGGAAUUCUUCGGCGGCUUGGGAUGGGGGGUGGGAGCUGCCGCCCUGCGUCCCCAGGAACUUCUGCGAGAGGGGCAGUGCAGUAAAAUUUGAAUCUGCGACCCCGGGCCAGGAGUGGUGGUGGAAACGGCAGCCCGGCCGCGGCGGCCGGGUACGAGCGCGCGCACCGAUUGGUCGCCGGGCCGCCCGGCCCACUGCGCCUGCGCAGUCCUCCUCCCGCACCGCCCAGUCCCCCAACGGCGGCCUCAGCAGUGAUCGGGCAGCAGCUGGCCAGCCGGCCAGUGGACAGCAGAGCUGGCGGACGGGUAGGCCCGGCCUGCUCUUUGCGAGGAGGAAGAAGGUGGCCACUCUCCCGGUCCCCAGAACCUCCCCAGCCCCCCUAGUCCGCCCAGACCGUCGAGGGGGACGCUGAGGAGCCGCGGACGCUCUCCCCGGUGCCGCCGCCGCCAUAGCUGCCAUGAUGGAUCGGAAGUGAGCGUUAGGGUUAACGGCUGCCAGCGCCGGCUCUUCGAGUCCCGGCUCCCCGGCCGCCUCCACCCGGGGAAGCGCAGCGCGGCGCAGCUGACUGCUGCCUCUCACGGCCCUCGCGACCCCAAGCCCUCAGCUCCGGCGCGUUCCCUGCAAGACUGAGCGGCGGGGAGUGGCUCCCGGCCGCCGGUCCCGGCUGCGAGAAAGAUGGCGGACCUGGCCGAGUGCAACAUCAAAGUGAUGUGUCGCUUCAGACCUCUCAACGAGUCUGAAGUGAACCGCGGCGACAAGUACAUCGCUAAGUUUCAGGGAGAAGAUACGGUCGUGAUCGCGUCCAAGCCUUAUGCAUUUGAUCGGGUGUUCCAGUCAAGCACAUCUCAAGAGCAAGUGUAUAAUGACUGUGCAAAGAAGAUUGUUAAAGAUGUACUUGAAGGAUAUAAUGGAACAAUAUUUGCAUAUGGACAGACAUCCUCUGGGAAGACACACACAAUGGAGGGUAAACUUCAUGAUCCAGAAGGCAUGGGAAUUAUUCCAAGAAUAGUGCAAGAUAUUUUUAAUUAUAUUUACUCCAUGGAUGAAAAUUUGGAAUUUCAUAUUAAGGUUUCAUAUUUUGAAAUAUAUUUGGAUAAGAUAAGGGACCUGUUAGAUGUUUCAAAGACCAACCUUUCAGUUCAUGAAGACAAAAACCGAGUUCCCUAUGUAAAGGGGUGCACAGAGCGUUUUGUAUGUAGUCCAGAUGAAGUUAUGGAUACCAUAGAUGAAGGAAAAUCCAACAGACAUGUAGCAGUUACAAAUAUGAAUGAACAUAGCUCUAGGAGUCACAGUAUAUUUCUUAUUAAUGUAAAACAAGAGAACACACAAACGGAACAAAAGCUGAGUGGAAAACUUUAUCUGGUUGAUUUAGCUGGUAGUGAAAAGGUUAGUAAAACUGGAGCUGAAGGUGCUGUGCUGGAUGAAGCUAAAAACAUCAACAAGUCACUUUCUGCUCUCGGAAAUGUUAUUUCUGCUUUGGCUGAGGGUAGUACAUAUGUUCCAUAUCGAGAUAGUAAAAUGACAAGAAUCCUUCAAGAUUCAUUAGGUGGCAACUGUAGAACCACUAUUGUAAUUUGCUGCUCUCCAUCAUCAUACAAUGAGUCUGAAACAAAAUCUACGCUCUUAUUUGGCCAAAGGGCCAAAACAAUUAAGAACACAGUUUGUGUCAAUGUGGAGUUAACUGCAGAACAGUGGAAAAAGAAGUAUGAAAAAGAAAAAGAAAAAAAUAAGAUCCUGCGGAACACUAUUCAGUGGCUUGAAAAUGAACUCAACAGAUGGCGUAAUGGGGAGACGGUGCCUAUUGAUGAACAGUUUGACAAAGAGAAAGCCAACUUGGAAGCUUUCACAGUGGAUAAAGAUAUUACUAUUACCAAUGAUAAACCAGCAACCACAAUUGGAGUUAUGGGAAAUUUUACUGAUGCUGAAAGAAGAAAGUGUGAAGAAGAAAUUGCUAAAUUAUACAAACAGCUUGAUGACAAGGAUGAAGAAAUUAACCAGCAAAGUCAACUGGUAGAGAAGCUGAAGACGCAAAUGUUGGAUCAGGAGGAGCUUUUGGCAUCUACCAGAAGGGAUCAAGACAAUAUGCAAGCUGAGCUGAAUCGCCUUCAGGCAGAAAAUGAUGCCUCUAAAGAAGAAGUGAAAGAAGUUUUACAGGCCCUAGAAGAACUUGCUGUCAAUUAUGAUCAGAAGUCUCAGGAAGUUGAAGACAAAACUAAGGAAUAUGAAUUGCUUAGUGAUGAGCUGAAUCAGAAAUCGGCAACUUUAGCGAGUAUAGAUGCUGAGCUUCAGAAACUUAAGGAAAUGACCAACCACCAGAAGAAACGAGCAGCUGAGAUGAUGGCAUCUUUACUAAAAGACCUUGCAGAAAUAGGAAUUGCCGUGGGAAAUAAUGAUGUAAAGCAGCCUGAGGGAACUGGCAUGAUAGAUGAAGAGUUCACUGUUGCAAGACUCUACAUUAGCAAAAUGAAGUCAGAAGUAAAAACCAUGGUGAAACGUUGCAAGCAGUUAGAAAGCACACAAACUGAGAGCAACAAAAAAAUGGAAGAAAACGAAAAGGAGUUAGCAGCAUGUCAGCUUCGUAUCUCUCAGCAUGAAGCCAAAAUCAAGUCAUUGACUGAAUACCUUCAAAAUGUGGAACAAAAGAAAAGACAGCUGGAGGAAUCUGUCGAUUCCCUCAGUGAAGAACUAGUCCAGCUUCGAGCACAAGAGAAAGUCCAUGAAAUGGAAAAGGAGCACUUAAAUAAGGUUCAGACUGCAAAUGAAGUUAAGCAAGCUGUUGAACAGCAGAUCCAAAGCCACAGAGAAACUCAUCAAAAACAGAUCAGUAGUUUGAGAGAUGAAGUAGAAGCAAAAGAAAAACUUAUUACUGAUCUUCAAGACCAAAACCAGAAAAUGAUGUUAGAGCAGGAACGUCUAAGAGUAGAACAUGAGAAGUUGAAAGCCACAGAUCAGGAAAAGAGCAGAAAACUACAUGAACUUACGGUUAUGCAGGAUAGACGAGAACAAGCAAGACAAGACUUGAAGGGUUUGGAAGAGACAGUGGCAAAAGAACUUCAGACUUUACACAACCUGCGCAAACUCUUUGUUCAGGACCUGGCUACAAGAGUUAAAAAGAGUGCCGAGAUUGAUUCUGAUGAUACGGGAGGCAGCGCUGCUCAGAAGCAAAAAAUCUCCUUUCUUGAAAAUAAUCUUGAACAGCUCACUAAAGUGCACAAACAGUUGGUACGUGAUAAUGCAGAUCUCCGCUGUGAACUUCCUAAGUUGGAAAAGCGACUUCGAGCUACAGCUGAGAGAGUGAAAGCUUUGGAAUCAGCACUGAAAGAAGCUAAAGAAAAUGCAUCUCGUGAUCGCAAACGCUAUCAGCAAGAAGUAGAUCGCAUAAAGGAAGCAGUCAGGUCAAAGAAUAUGGCCAGAAGAGGGCAUUCUGCACAGAUUGCUAAACCUAUUCGUCCCGGGCAACAUCCAGCAGCUUCUCCAACUCACCCAAGUGCAAUUCGUGGAGGAGGUGCAUUUGUUCAGAACAGCCAGCCAGUGGCAGUGCGAGGUGGAGGAGGCAAACAAGUGUAAUCGUUUAUACAUACCCACAGGUGUUAAAAAGUAAUAGAAGUAUGAAGAGGACAUGGUAUCAAGCAGUCAUUCAAUGACUAUAACCUCUACUCCCUUGGGAUUGUAGAAUUAUAACUUUUUAAAAAAUGUAUAAAUUAUACCUGGCCUGUACAGCUGUUUCCUACCUACUCUUCUUGUAAACUCUGCUGCUUCCCAACACAACUAGAGUGCAAUUUUGGCAUCUUAGGAGGGAAAAAGGACAGUUUACAACUGUGGCCCUAUUUAUUACACAGUUUGUCUAUCGUGUCUUAAAUUUAGCCUUUACUGUGCCAAGCUAACUGUACCUUAUAGGACUGUACUUUUUGUAUUUUUUGUGUAUGUUUAUUUUUUAAUCUCAGUUUAAAUUACCUAGCUGCUACUGCUUCUUGUUUUUCUUUUCCUAUUAAAACGUCUUCCUUUUUUUUUUUUCUUAAGAUAAAAUGGAACAUUUAGGUUAAAUGUCUUUAAAUUUUACCACUUAACAACACUACAUGCCCAUAAAAUAUAUCCAGUCAGUACUGUAUUUUAAAAUCCCUUGAAAUGAUAUUAUCAGGGUUAAAAUUACUUGUAUUGUUUCUGAAGUUUGCUCCUGAAAACUACUGUUUGAGCACUGAAACCUUACAAAUGCCUAACUAGGCAUUUGAGACUGAGCAAGGCUACUUGUUAUCUCAUGAAAUGCCUGUUGCCGAGUUAUUUUGAAUAGAAAUAUUUUAAAGUAUCAAAAGCAGAUCUUAGUUUAAGAGAGUUUGGAAAAGGAAUUAUAUUUCUCUUUUUCCUGAUUCUGUACUCAACAAGUCUUGAUGGAAUGAAAAUACUCUGCUUUGUUCUGGUGAGCCUGCUAGCUAAUGUUAAGUAUUGGACAGGUAAUAAUUUGUCAUCUUUAAUAUUAGUAAAAUGAAUUAAGAUAUUAUAGGAUUAAACAUAAUUUUAUAUGGUUAGUACUUUAUUGGCUGACCUAAAUUUAUAGCAUGUGGAAAUUGAGAAAAAUGAAGAAACAGGACAGAUAUAUGAUGAAUUAAAAAUACAUAUAGGUCAAUUUUGGUCUGAAAUCCCUGAGGUGUUUUUAACCUGCUACACUAAUUUGUACACUAAUUUAUUUCUUGUUUAGUCUAGAAAUAGUAAAUUGUUUGCAAGUCACUAAUAAUCAUUAGAUAAAUUAUUUUCUUGGCCAUAGCCGAUAAUUUUGUAAUCAGUACUAAGUGUAUACGUAUUUUUGCCACUUUUUCCUCAGAUGAUUAAGUCAACAGCUUAUUUUAGGAAACUAUAAAAGUAAUAGGGAAAGAGAUUUCACUAUUUGCUUCAUCAGUGGUAGGGGGGCGGUGACUGCACCUGUGUUAGCAGAAAUUCACAGAGAAUGGGGGUUUAAGGUUAGCAGAGAAACUUGGAAAGUUCUGUGUUAGGAUCUUGCUGGCAGAAUUAACUUUUUGCAAAAGUUUUAUACACAGAUAUUUGUAUUAAAUUUGGAGCCAUAGUCAGAAGACUCAGAUCAUAAUUGGCUUAUUUUUCUAUUUCCUUAACUAUUGUAAUUUCCACUUUUGUAAUAAUUUUGAUUUAAAAUAUAAAUUUAUUUAUUUAUUUUUUUAAUAGUCAAAAAUCUUUGCUGUUGUAGUCUGCAACCUCUAAAAUGAUUGUGUUGCUUUUAGGAUUGAUCAGAAGAAACACUCCAAAAAUUGAGAUGAAAUGUUGGUGCAGCCAGAUAUAAGUAAUAUAGUUAACAUGCAAAAAAAGUGCUGCCACCUCUUUAUGGAUCAUUUUCUAAAUGGAGAAACAUUUGGCUGCGUUCACAUAGACCUUUAUGUUUUGUUUUCAGUUGAAAACUUGCCUCCUUUGGCAACAUUCGUAAAUGAAGCAGAAUUUUUUUUUCUCUUGUUUCCGAAUAUGUUAGUUUUGUUCUUGUAAGAUGUAUCAUGGGUAUUGGUGCUGUGUAACGAACAACGAAUUUUAAUUAGCAUGUGGUUCAGAAUAUACAUUGUUAGGUUUUUAAAAAGUAUCUUGAUGGUUCUUUUCUAUUUAUAAUUUCAGACUUUCAUAAAGUGUACCAAGAAUUUCAUAAAUUUGUUUUCAGUGAACUACUUUUUGCUAUGGUAGGUCAUUAAACACAGCACUUACUCUUAAAAAUUGAAAAUUUCUGAUCAUCUAGGAUAUUGACACAUUUCAAUUUGCAGUGUCUUUUUGACUGGAUAUAUUAACGUUCCUCUGAAUGGCAUUGAUAGAUGGUUCAGAAGAGAAACUCAAUGAAAUAAAGAGAAUAUUUAUUCAUGGCGAUUAAUUAAGUUAUUUGCCUAACUUAAGAAAACUACUGUGCAUAACUCUCAGUUUGUGCUUAACUCCAUUUGACAUGAGGUGACAGAAGAGAGUCUGAGUCUACCUGUGGAAUAUGUUAGUUUAUUUUCAGUGCUUGAAGAUACAUUCACAAAUACUUGGUUUGGGAAGACACCGUUUAAUUUUAAGUUAACUUGCAUGCUGUAAAUGUGUUUUAUGUUUAAAUAAAGAGGAAAAUUUUUUGAAA